AUGUUAGAGGAGAUUAAAGGGAACCUCAUGGAAAGAUGGGCAACUAAUAUAGCCAAGAUUGAAGAUUAUAGUGAGUUUGUUCUUCCAAGAAUUAAAAAAGUGCUUGAAAGAAGGCAAGAUAUCCCAAGGUUUUUUAUAGCAGGGUUAUCAGGUGACAUGAUUUAUGAAGUAAGGCAUACAAGUUUGACUAGAGACAAUUUCACAGUUGAUCUCAAGAGGUUGGAGUGCUCUUACAGGAUUUGGAUGCUCAUUGGCUUUCCAUGCUACCAUGAAAUUACUUACAUUCAAAGUAGAUCUCAAGACCCAGCUGAGUACAUUCCUCUGUGUUAUAGGAAGAAGACUUACCAGGCUUGUUGCCAACCAUUUAUAUAUGCAACAAAUGGAGAAAACUUAUGGGAAUUGACACAACAUUCAGACAUUGUUCCACCACCUUCCAAAAGAGCAUCAGGGAGGCCAAAAAGAAGAAGAAAAAAAGAUGUUGAUGAAAAGAUAAAGGAUUCAACAAAUGUUUCAAGGAAGGGGCUGCCAAAUAAGUUUUCAGUAUGUGGUAUUUCUGGACACAACAAAUCAUCAUGUCCUGCAAAACCAAGUCAAGCCAAAACUGUAACAAAUGUCCAGCCCCAACCUACCAUUAUGGACCAAUCACAAACUUCCAUCUGUGUCAAAUCUCAAACAACACAAUCCCAAACAACCCUUCAAGUUCAAAUUAUCCAAACCCAACCAACCCAAAUAGUUCAAACUAGACAAUCUCAAACAACCACUCCAUUCACAAUUGCCCAAUCCCAACCAACCCAAAGAGUUCAAACUAGAAUGUCAGCAUCAUCUUCCAGAAUCCAAACACGACAUUCCAUUUCAGUUUCACAGUUACUUGUUAUGAGAAGGGGAAGACAAGUUGGUACAACAACAUUUCAGCAACCAACAACCAUGAGACUAAAGUUAGAAAUAAGGAGAAAGACCAGAUAA